AUGGAUUACAGGAGUGCCAAAAUACAACAAAUAAUGAUUGUUCUGCUGGGUAAAACUGGAUCAGGAAAAAGUGCAACAGGAAACACCAUCAUCGGCAGAAAUGUGUUUAAAGUGGGCUUCUCCUUUGAAUCUACAACUCAACAGUGUGAGAAACAUGAGGGAAAUGUGGAAGAUAGAAACAUCUCAGUGAUCGACACACCUGGACUGUAUAACACAUCCAUUACACAUGAAAAACAUCUGAAGGCUGAGAUUGAGAAGAGUUUACAGAUGUCUGCUCCUGGUCCUCAUGUGUUUCUGCUGGUCAUCAAACUGGACAGAUUCACAAAGGAGGAGAUGAAUACAGUGAAAUGGAUUCAGAAGAACUUUGGAGGAGAUGUUAUUCGAUUCACCAUGUUGCUGUUCACUGGAGCUGAUCAGUUAAGCAAACCAAUAGAAGAAUUUCUGCAAGAAAACCCAGAGCUGAUGAAGUUAGUGGAUGAAUGUGAGAGAAGAUAUCAUGCCUUUAAUAAUGUGGAGAAGAAUGAUGGAGCUCAAGUCACUGAACUGAUGGAGAAGAUCAAGACAAUAGUGCAGAAGAAUACAGAAGAGUACUACACCACUGAGAUGUUCAAAAAGACUCAGAGAAAGAUUUACAUUAUAAAGAUGAGCCCAAUUGAUGCCACCUGUUCCUCAUUUGAGUAUGGAGAGGAACUUGCAUUUACACCAAGGGAGCAGGCUGUUCCCCAGAGAGAGUGUGGCCUGUCUUCCCUCCCAGAACUGUUGUUGUCUUUGCUGUUGUGA